AUGGUAUACGACAGCUCGGUCCGCCAGCGGCAGUGGGCCGAGUUCGUGCGACACGUGAGGGACGCGGCCAACAUGAGCGAGUCCGACCUGAUGGAGUACCUGGACAGGGGCAUCGUGUCUUUCAGCCGGCUGUUCCCAGGGCUUUACGAGAUGCUGUGGCGCCGGUUCCCAGCCGUCUACAACGCCGUGCAUAUCUCGGCCACGACGGGCGUGAGCUUCCGUUCUUGCACGCGCGAUCCAAGGGGGCCUGGUCCGUCCCAUAUGAUGAAGAGGUCUGAUGGGGUUCAUGCCCGGAAGCCGGGGACGGUAGCUGCGAGGGGUGGUGACAAGUGCAGUGCCCUUCUCGACAUGGGCAAGCUCAAGCCCAGCGUCUAUGUAUGCAAUGACAUCAACUUCGGCCCGCCGUGCGUAUGGAUCGACGCUCCUCCAGGGCAGUGCGUUGACUAUCCCAAACCAUUUAGAGCAGAGGUGUCCUCCCUACGUCCAAACUGGGCUGCUGGCCCCUGCAAGCUGUACGAUGACCUUUCCUGCGACGGACCCAUGGUCGACGUCAACCGCACCGUGGCGUUUUUCGAACCGCUCAAGCCCGGAAACUGGAACGAUCGCGGGCGCUCUCUCCGCUGCGAGGGCGCUGCGCAGAAACAUGAACGCAAGCAACAAGGCCUCGGCUCCAAGCUGGACUCGCCCAUGGUCGGGUGCCAGAUCGUCAACAGGUUGAUGAUUCACUUCAAAAUGGGAGACAGCGGCACGUACGAUAGAAUCACCGGCAGCUUGGGCAACGCCAACUUCUUGCUCGCCACAGCCCCGGAUGCAAACUCGGAGACGAAGAAAGCUAUUAGCAUCCAGGAGGCGUUUGACGCGCCUGAAGUGGCUCUCAAGGACAUAGACUUGAUUAGGAUUUCCUCGACGCAAGAGUCGGCGAUUUUCCGCUGGCAUUGGAGAAUGGGUGGACUGACCCUCACCGCGAAAUGUGCCGAUUCGGACGACAAGGUCGUUUGGGACAAGUACGCCAACUAUGUCACCGAGAAGAUGGGCAGAAACUCCGACGAAGGGACCAAGGUGGUCUGGGAGGCCAAGAUUCUGCUCGCCGACUGGCACGAGCGUGGAGAAGCAUCAAGCCAAAGGGCAGGGACCUUGCGUCGGGGCCAACCCGCGAGCGAUGACGCUGCCGCUCUCCAGGUCGGAGAGUUCGCGACGAGACGGACUCUGGCCUCGUCGCACCCCGCGGCGGCCGCCCGGCGAACGCAGCGGGUCGGCCGCUCCCCCGCCCAGAUCGUUGUGUUCUCAGGGCCAAGACACUUUGCGCGAACCCAUACGCAAGCCCACGCGCCGCCGGCUGCCCGUCAGUGCUUCCACACAUACUUCGUCACUCACCUCCCCUCGUCGUCUCUUCACCCGGAUGCGCACAACUCGGCCGGUCCGGGGCACAAGCUACCCCGCGAUGCCUCGAUGCCCCAUACGCCGGACCCAGGCUCAUCGCCCGCCGUGGCGCUGCCCAACAUGCCCGGCAGAGAUCUAACCGUGGUCAGGAUCCCGUUGCGGCGGGCCAAGCACCACUUCGGCUCCCACUCAGCCCGAGGCAGCCGGCCCUACAACGAAGACGCGGACCAGGCGGGCAUCAUCAGCGUCCCGGCCUUUGCCAAGAGAGCGCCAAUGAGCGUGAGGAAAAAGCCCGGCGAGGCGACGCCGGCGAGCAGCGCGUCUGGCGACCCUCAAAUUUUCUAUUUUGGCGUGUUUGACGGCCACGGUGGGAGCCAGUGUGCGCAUUUCCUUCGAGACGAGCUGCACGGCUACAUCGAGGAGGCAGCUAGGGACUUUGGCUUGCAGAGCAGCCUCCGCAAAAAGAAGCCGGGCCGCGACCAGAACGGUUCCGCGACAGCUCGUGCCAAGGAGACGACCAAGGGUCGUGCCCUUGACUCGGUGGACAUGAAGGGCCCGGAAGAGGUCAAGAAGGAUAUGCAGAUACCCAACCACGAUAACGGCUCGGUGAGCGACGUGAAGCACGGCAAGCCGCUAGCCAGCGCCGAAUCGGAACCUGCCGAAGUGCAGGACAUUGCGAAAGCCGUCCAGCUGGAGAGGGACUUGGUCAAGGAGUACGCGACCACCAUCGGCGGCUACUUUAGGCGGUUCAACCCGGAGCACUUUGCCACGCAGGACGAGCCUGGCGACAAGUCGCCCAUCUCCGCCGAGUCGAGCAUUGCGUACGCGUUCCUGCGCGCCGACCUCGACUUUGUGUCGGCCCAGGCGAGAAAGGUCGACCCCGACGAUUCGGACAUGCCGGUUAAUGACGACGAGAUUCUCGGGGCUCCGCACGCGACGCCGUCGGGCCACAACAUCGGAGGCACGACGCGGUUCAAGGGCGGCUCGACGGCCUCAGUGGCCCUCAUCUCGACACCCACCCCCGCGCCGUUCUGGCACCCCGGCGCGCAGUCCACUCUGCUCGUUGCGCAUGUGGGCGACAGCCGUAUCCUCCUCUGCGACACGGCCACCGGCCUGCCCCAGCCGCUGACCUCGGAUCACCACCCCACCACCCCAACGGAGAGCAGGCGUCUCCGCCGGUACGCGCCCGCGGGCUCCAUGGUCACGGGCGACAGCUUCGGCGAGGAGCGCAUCGCGGGGCUGGCCAACAGCCGCGCGUUCGGCGACAUUCGCAGCAAGCGCAUCGGCGUCUCGGCCGAGCCCGAGAUCACGCGCGUCGACAUGGGCCCCGCGCAGUACUCCUUCCUCGUCCUCAUGAGCGACGGCGUGUCGGGCACCCUCAGCGACCAGGAGAUUGUCGACGUCGUCAAGGAGGCCAAGACCCCCGACGAGGGCGCCCGCAGGGUCGUCGACUACGCCACCGAGGUGUCCAGGGACGGCGACAACGCCACCUGCCAGGUCGUCCGCCUCGGCGGCUGGGAGCGCAGAUCCGAAGGCGGACUCGGAAGCCUGGGCACAAAGGAGAUUCGCGACAUUCGCCGCGCCGAGGCCCAGGAUCCGCGUCGCGGAAAGCGCUAA